AUGCCGGUGGACGCCCCUAAACCCCCCGGCUUCACUCGCUUCGUGCUGACCUCGGACACACACUCCAGGACUGACUCUCUGCAGAUGCCGUACGGAGACGUCCUGAUCCACGCCGGAGACUUCACUGAGCUGGGCCUGCCCUCAGAGGUCCACAAGUUCAACGACUGGCUCGAGCUGAAAGAUGCGGGCCACUUUACCGCGGUAAACUUCCGGAAGGGGCGGGUUCUUCGUGGCACCGGUGUCCACGUCACCUCUGCGAGUUCUGGUGUGAAGCUGGAAAUGCCAGAGAGUCCACAGAUGAAAGAGGAGCCAGAGGAACAUGGCAUCAAACAGGAGGAAGAUGAGCUGCAAAUAGCUGUGGGUGUGAAGGUAGAAGAAUCCUGUCUGCUCCAGGAAAUCCCAGAAGGUCCUCAGACUAAAGAGGAGCCAGAGGAACAGAGGAUCAAACAGGAGGAGGAGCAGCUUCUUGUCUGUGUUAAGACAGAAGAGUCGUCAUUGCUUCAACAAAGACAACUCUAUGGUGGAGCACACGUUGUUGAUAUGGAUUUUCCCCACGAAGGGGUCCACAUCACCUCUGUGAGUUUUGAAGGUUUGAGGCAGGAAGUGCCAGAGAGUCCACGGAUGAAAGAGGAGCCAGAGGAACAUGGCAUCAAACAGGAGGAAGAUGAGCAGCAAAUAGCUGUGAGUGUGAAGACAGAAGUCCCUGAAAGUCCACAAACUGAAGAGGAGCCAGAGGAACAGAGGAUCAAACGGGAAGAAGAGCAACUUCCGGUCUGUGUGAAAUCGGAAGAGCUUCGACAAAAACGACGUGAGCACAGAGAGGAAACACGGGGAGAGGACGAGAGCUCAGAGACGGAGGGAGACACGGAGCACUCCUCUGACGAAGAGGCAGAUCUUCAUCAUAUUCAGCCUUUGUCUUCAGAUGAUGGAGAUGACUUGAGAGGGUGGUCUCCUCUACUGUCGUUGAGUGUUGUAGUGACACUGUUGCAGCUGUAG